UUCCUGUUGAGUGAGAGAGAUAGCAUUGCGUUUUGUGCUCACUGCGCGUAUGAUGCAUUGCAUCAUACGAGCAUGCUCGUAGGAUUGAGGGAAUGUUGACUGGAAUUUUCUCUGCCUUGAAGCCAUUAAAAUCGAAGCUCAAGGAUCUCUCCUGAAUGCUCUUUUUUGGGGCUUUUUAGCACUUCGGAGUCUCUUGGUCCCCUCUUUGAGUGUGUUUCUUGAAUCCAACGUACGAUGUGGUGCUGGUAGUAAUUCGUGUUGCCGAUUCUGCAGAGUUUCCAUGAAGUUUUUUCAGCGAUUUGCUUCGCGACCCUUGUUUGCACGAGCAUGUAACCAUUAGUAAGAAUUAUAUGAGUCUGAUGCAGUUGGAAUUGAGCUUCUGCAACGCUAGUAACAAAUAUCAAUUCGUUGUAGCAGUGUUUCUUUUCCAAGUAUUGCGUGAGCUAUUUGAGUUCCUAGAACAUCAUGUACGUAUUCAGCUUGGCCCGAGAGGAGCAUUCGUUAGAAUUGUGAAUUUCGACAAGAAUUAGAAUGAAAAGAGCGUUUUACUACUUACUAUGUCCUGGUCUUCAGCACCUGAAUUUUGCCAGAUAUUAUGAAUCCGUGACUGUGAGUGAAUAACUGGAUUCGUAAGUAUCGAGCUGUUUCUUUCGACAGCUCCUUUUACGUGCUCUCGGAUGGCUAGGGUUUUCUCUUCUUGCUUGUGCUAGGGUUUCCGUUUUUCCAUGCGCUAGUGUUUAGUGUUUAUUUUGCUCCUUCCAAGUCUGCUGUUUCGUUUCGUUAGGUCGCUUCGUUGAUGGGCGUGAUUGACAAGAAUGACCCUGGCAGAGGUAGGGAACCUUUCUCACGACGGGCAGUUCCAUCGCUUGACCUCAGCUUGAGCGCUCUCUUCUGUUCUCUUACCACCCUUGCCUUGCGCCUACCGGUAAGUUAUUCUGUCUCCGUUGAGCUCUUCAGUCAUCCACAGGUAUCGUAUUGUUGUCCAGUUUCUUUUCCACUUGUAAUUCCAGCGCCGGUUUGCUUUUCCGGGUGUCGUUGAUUUCUUGGCCGGGGUCAGCCGCCCCUCCGUGUUUCGUGUUUCUGCGGUAAAUUUCGAGUCUUUAUGGUGAAUGACAGGGUGAUUACUUAUGUUGUUGGAUUAUUAGUUGUGAGGCAUGAUUCGGGAGAGUUUAGAAGUGGCUGUCGUGCGCGCCAUGAGCUUUGAUUGUGGUUUGGCAGCUGAUUUUACUCUUUCUGUUUGUUGUCUCUAUCGGGGUUUGUUUCGGCUGAGCGGAGUUUUGUAUGCAUUUCGAGCACUGCUCGCGUUUGCGUGUGACAGCGUUCUAAUGAAUUGCUGCUGAGGUUGCACGUUACAGGAGGUGGUCACGUAGGCAGCAUAGGCGUGCUGAAAGGGUCAUGCGCUUUUCAAGACAAUGGAUGCCGAAUUUGAAGAGGUGAAGCAAGAGAUCAGGAAAGUAGAGCAACAGAUCGAUGCUGUGGAAGAACAACUGACGAAGGCUGUCACAGAGGCCGAUGUCGCUUACUGGCGGAAAAAGGAGGAGCAACUGAGGAAAAAGGAGGAGCAACUGCGGAAAGAGAAGGAGCAACUGCGGGAAAAGGAACUGCUGCUGCUCAACGCUGAUACUUCAGCUGCUCAACAGGAUGCACUGGACCCUUUCCGGAGGUUAUUAGUAGAAGCAAGAGUGGACGUCAGGAUUCCGGAGGUCACUGAACUGAAAGGUUACUUGCUGCAUCCGCCACGUAUGGCAUUUCCGGUUUCUCACCGACGCUACUUUCAGUGGAAGAGCUAUCUGAGUAAAGCAGACAACUUUAUUUGUCAUGACCCUGCACGAGGCGUUUGCUGGAAUUUGGAUGACCACCUUGGGAUUGUGUUAAGGCCUCCAGCUACAGGCUCUACAGAAAGUUCUUAUCAUGCUUAUUGGGAUUGUCUUGUUACUGAGCCAAUAUCCCUGUUCUCUUUGGAAACACUUGUCUUUGAUAGAGACACCUCAAGGUUUAGUUCAUCCGAGAACAAGCGCCCAGACAAACUUGGGAUGGUUUCCAGACUCGCACUUUGGCGUGGCGAGGAGAAGGGGCCAGAUACUGAAGAUGAUCCCAAACAAGAAUUGGUCAGGAAGCUGAUCUGGACGUAUGGAAACCUGCCCUAUCUCCUGUGUUAUUAUGCCAACGCAGCGAUCGUUACUUACUGUGCACUAGUGCAUGAUGCUAAGCGAUGUAAGACUGAGGUGGUGGAUUUGAUCACUGUCAAUCUAUCUGUUGUAGAGGACAGGUUGCUGGCAUCGUUGAUAGGCUUCAACAUCAGCAAGCUGCUAAUGCGCCUGUCUGAAGCUGGAAUCGUGCUGGGAGUUGAGUCUGACUUUUACGAUUAUCGCACUGACGGAAAAACUGUUUUCGUGGGGACUGGUGUUGACAAGAUCUACAGAGAUAAGCGUACCUUUGAGAAGGUGUACCAAAUAUAUAAGAGCAUCAAGGAUUGCCCCAAUGCAGAGCAGGUGCUGAAAAUUAAUGCAGCCGAUCGUAGAUUCCGAAUGAUACCCCGGUGUCUUGUGAAAAGCCGGGCGAGACCUGAAGAUGAACUUUUGAAAGCAUUGAUCAAUGUUGCAGAAGCACUGGUCUGGUUGCAUGGAAAAAAUCUAAUGCAUCGAGAUAUAACUUGGCGGAAUGUUCUCAGAAACACUUCAGGUACCAACUGGGUUUUAAUUGAUUUUGAUGAGACUGCUGCUACUCCCUGUGGUCACGCUCACGGACUGUGUGUUGAAGCUCACGCCCCUGAGAUGAGCAGAGGUCGUCAUGACUCGAGUGUAGACAUAUGGGGCAUUGGGCAUUUGAUCAGGAGUAGCGGGAUAAAUGGUUUGUCAGCGGGUGUUCGAGAGUUGCAAAGGGAUUGCUUGCAGACUGACGCUUCCAGAAGACCAAAUGCAGAAACUUGCUUGGAGAGAUUAAAAUGUCUCCGUAGAAUGACUAACAUGAACUUACACAUGGACUUCGAAAGCUGUUGAACCUGAUGUGAGGGAUACUGUGAUUCUGGCAUUAUGUUGUUGAAGCAGAUAAGGAUGACCUAUCAUGUGGGAAUGAGAUCUUAUUUGCAAGAAUCCUACGUAGAGCCGCAUUCGGCAUUGUUGGCUGAAGGCGCCUAUAGUGCUCCAUCUUCUCAAGUUUCAUGCAACUUUUGAGAAAAUAGCUCCAGGGGGGAUGAAGUCUGAAAACUCCGCAAUUCUGAUCAUUACCAAGGGAAUUGCUUCGUUAAAACAAACCUCUCGUGCUUGUGCUUCAGAUUGGAAAAGUGGGAUGUGCCCACGCAGAACCGAAGAACAACCGAAGAGGGUUUGUUUUUGACACCUUUUUUGGCAGGUUUCCGACAUUUUAUUAUAUUUUUUGGGAAAUUCUCUGACAUAUGACUGUAGAAAUUUGGAAGGAUUUCGCUUGCUUCGGUUUCGACAAUUGUUUAGACACACAAGUGACUAAAUCAAUGUCGAACUAAUUUUUCGACACUUUAAUGUCGAUAACUUCAUCUACAAUUUGUCAAUGUUGGGAAGUCUGUCAAAACGAAGUAAACAAAGUGGAUGUUCCAGAAGGUGUCGACUUAAUUCUGUGAAAACAAGGGUCCAGAACCUCGUACUGCAAAGCAAGUUGAAAAACGAAUCUGAAAUUCUGGCAAGUAAUAAACCCAACGCAGUAAUGAACUUCUUGUUGUAAACUAUGCUGAAUAUGACGUCGAUACGUGCGUCAAUAUGUUUAUGUCACUGCAGCUACUAACAGUUCACUGGUCCAAUAACGCAUUGGACGUAAGAGUCCUCCGAAGCAUACGCCCCCUUCCUACCAGGAGGUAGACAGGAGCUCGUGGUGGCUUGUAAACGAGGGUUUCAACCACAGAAAGGUGGUAACCACCGAACCUACAUGGCAUCCCACUUGCCAAGUGAGUUAUUUAUAGUGGUGUAGAGGUGGUGUAGUGGUGUAAAGGUACACUCCAUAACUUCGUUGCAUGCCAUGGGUAUUAGAAAAAUGUAUCUAGUAGCUGAAGUAUGGACAUACUAAACUAAUCUACUAAUAAGUGAUUAUUGUGCUUCUACAGUUGAUGUAAAUGUUUUCAUCCA